CUGAGAUCUGAGGCUGCAGCUUGAAAUGAACUCAGAAUCACACAAAAAACAAAUAAAACAGAGAGGUAGCACUUUGUGUCACAAGGGCCAAAAGUGAGCUCGUUGCGCCGCUCUUAGAUCCCAUCUUCCUCUUCCUCCUCUUCCUCUCGCGGCUCCGCCAUGUUUCCCUUCGCCUGCCCUUCCUCCUUCCUCCUCCUCUUCCUCGCUGUCCUGCUCCCUGCCUGCCAGCCGGAGUCGCAGCGCGUCGACCCGAGCAUCGAGCCCGACCUGCGGACGGCGCUGCCCUCGUCGGCCGCCGCCUCGCCGGCACCGUCGCUGCCGUACGGGAACAGCUCCAUCUCUGCCGGCCCGGAUAAGUGCAACAAGCCGACGGUUUGCACCGAGGGCAUCCUGCUGCCGGUGUGGAAGCCCAAGCAGCCGAGCCUCGGGUACCAGGUGGCCCGCGCCGUCGUCUACUUCGUCUUCCUGAUGUACAUGUUCCUGGGAGUGUCCAUCAUCGCUGACCGCUUCAUGGCGUCCAUCGAGGUCAUCACCUCUCAGGAGAAGGAGGUGACCAUCACCAUGCCGAACGGCGAAACGUCUGUGGCGACAGUUCGCAUCUGGAACGAAACCGUCUCCAACCUGACGCUCAUGGCUCUGGGCUCCAGCGCUCCGGAGAUCCUGCUGUCGGUGAUCGAGGUGUGCGGUCACAACUUCGAGGCCGGCCAGCUGGGACCGGGGACCAUCGUCGGCAGCGCCGCCUUCAACAUGUUCGUGAUCAUCGGGAUCUGCGUGUGGGUCAUCCCCAACGGCCAGUCACGCAAAAUCAAACACCUGCGGGUGUUCUUCAUCACCGCCUUCUGGAGCAUCUUCGCCUACAUCUGGCUCUACCUCAUCCUGGCCGUCAUGUCGCCGAGCGUCGUGGAGGUCUGGGAAGCUCUGGUGACGCUGCUCUUCUUCCCCAUCUGUGUCCUCCUGGCUUGGAUCGCCGAUCGCCGUCUGCUCUUCUACAAAUACAUGGGCAAGCGUUACCGUGCCGACAAGCGCCACGGCAUCGUCGUGGAAACCGAGGGGGACCUGACCCCCACCAAAGGCGGCAUGGAGAUGAUCAUUGACGGCAAGCUGCCACAGGGAAGCGCAGUGGUUCCUGCUGAGAACGGAGCGGAUGGAGCAGCGGGCGCCACGGCAAACAACAUCGGCGCCGCGGCAGUCGCCAGGGGCAACCUGCCCAACUCCAACAGCGCCACGGUGAACAUGGAGAGCGGCAGGGAGCUGGACGAGAGCCGCAAGGAGGUGAUUCGCAUCCUGAAGGAGCUAAAGCAGAAAUAUCCCGACAAAGAGCUGGACCAGCUGGUGGAGCUGGCCAAUUACUACGCGCUGCUGCACCAGCAGAAGAGCCGUGCCUUCUACCGCAUACAGGCGACCCGGAUGAUGAUCGGAGCCGGAAACGUCCUGAAGAGGCACGUGGCCGACAACGCGCGGCGCGCGGUGGUGGCCGACGAAGAGGAGGCCGAGGAAGACGACCUGGCCGUCUGCAGCCACAUCUCCUUCGAGACGGCCCACAGUCAGUGCAUGGAGAACUGCGGCGUUCUCACGCUGGCCGUGGUCUGCCAAGGCGGUUUGGGGGAGAACACUUUCUACGUGGAUUACAGAACCGAAGACGGGUCAGCCAACGCCGGGUCCGACUACGACUACAGCGAGGGAACGCUGGUGUUCAAACCCGGAGACACUCGGAAAGAGAUCAAGGUCGGCAUCAUCGACGACGACAUUUUCGAGGAAGACGAGCACUUCUUCGUCCGCCUGCUCAACCUGAGAGUCGGCGACGCCGAGGGGAUGUUCGAAAGCGACGAGGCGGGCAGCUUGCCCAAAGCCCGGCUGGUCGAGCCCCUGGUCGCCACGGUGACCAUCCUGGACGACGACCACGCCGGCAUCUUCACGUUCAGCGAGCGCCUGGUGCGCGUGAGCGAGAGCGUGGGCAUCAUGGAGGUGACGGUGGUGCGAAACUCGGGCGCCAGAGGCACCGUGGUUCUGCCGUACCACACCGAGUCGGGCAGCGCCAUGGCGGGGGAGGACUACGAGGAGGUGCGCGGGGAGCUGGAGUUCACCAACGACCAAACCACUCAGACCCUCCAGGUGAGGAUAAUCGAUGAUGAAGAGUAUGAAAAACACGAAAACUUCUUCAUCGUUCUGGAGGAGCCGCGCUGGCUGAAGAGAGGAAUCUCAGCUCUGCUGCUUAACCAAGAGGCGGCGGAGGGGCAGCUGAGCGCCGAGGAGGAGGAGGCCCGGCGGAUCGCUGAGAUGGGGAAGCCCAUCCUGGGGGAGCACAGCCGCCUGGAGGUCGUCAUCGAGGAGUCCUACGAGUUCAAGAGCACCGUGGAUAAGCUGAUCAAGAAGACCAACCUGGCGCUGGUCAUCGGCACUCACUCCUGGAGGGAGCAGUUUGUGGAGGCGGUCACCGUCAGCGCAGGUGAUGGAGACGAUGAGGAGGAAGGGCGAGAGGAGCGGCUCCCGUCCUGCUACGACUACGUCAUGCACUUCCUCACCGUCUUCUGGAAGGUUCUGUUCGCCUGCGUCCCGCCCACAGAGUACUGGAACGGCUGGGCCUGCUUCAUCGUGUCCAUCAGCGUCAUCGGCUUCCUCACCGCCAUCAUCGGCGACCUGGCGUCGCACUUCGGCUGCACCGUGGGGCUGCAGGACAGCGUGACCGCCGUGGUGUUCGUGGCUCUGGGAACCUCCAUCCCAGACACCUUCGCCAGCAAAGUGGCCGCCAUCCAGGACCAGCACGCCGACGCGUCUGUGGGCAACGUCACCGGCAGCAACGCCGUCAACGUCUUCCUGGGGAUCGGCGUGGCGUGGUCGGUGGCCGCCAUCUACUGGGCCAUCAAGGGGAAGCAGUUCAAGGUGGACCCGGGUUCGCUGGCCUUCUCCGUCACUCUCUUCACCAUCUUCGCGUUCAUCUGCAUGGCAGUGCUGCUGUUCCGGCGCCGGCCCUCCAUCGGCGGCGAGCUGGGCGGCCCCAGGGCGUCGCGCCUGCUCACCACCAUGCUCUUCCUCGGCCUCUGGCUGCUCUACAUCUUCUUCUCCAGCCUGGAGGCCUACUGCCACAUCAAGGGCUUCUAGCUUCAGGAGAGAGGAGGCCGGUCUAACGCGACUCGACGACAGACACGUGUUCAUAUGUAAACAGAUCAUUGGAGGAGAAACUGAGCAGGUUUUAAAGGGAGCUGGGCUGUGACGUCACGCCCCGGCGGGUUCACUGCUGGUCUAAAACAUGAAACAUAUUCCCUCCAGUCUGCAGCGACGGUUUUUACACCGAGGAGGUGGAGGAAAAGAGUCAAAUGUUUACAAAACGCUAAAAUCACACGUGUUUACUACAGCAGGUUCUCCAUGUGCGCUGUAAAUAGACCGGACGCUGAAAACGUUUCAGAGGAGGAAAAAUAGUCCCAAAAUGUGAUUAAUUAGCUGCAAAAUGAGUUUAGACGUGUCUCUUUAGCGCCUAGUCUCUGUCGGAGGACGGUUUGCAUGCACAAAACACAACCAACCUGUUAAAAGGGAAAUACCCAGAAUCCACCUGUGAUUCUGAGCCGUCUGCUCAGUUAGCAUGCAUGCUAACAGACUCGCCCACUGCUGCAGCAGUAGAAUGGCACAACAGUAUUAGUUUACAGAAAAUCUGUCGUUUAGAAACUCAUUCCAGCCAUCAACAUGUUCACGUUGAUGCUCGCAUAGCAAAGAUGCCUUAAGGGAAAAAAACACGUAAAUGUGGUAUUCAGGCUUCUAGCUGUACAAACCGCGCCAGCCGUCUCUAACAUAGUGUUAAACUUUAGUUCUGUGCAAUAUUUAAAGCUGGUUCUGCUAUAAUGUAACACUGGAUCCAGUAGAAAUGACAUUUGGAGAAAAAGAAGCAGGAAGUACCAGAUGAAGUGUUAUUAUUGUUGUUCAGUAUUUUAACUCUGAAGCUACUGAAACUACCGGCUGCUAAACAGACUGCAAGGAACAAAACCCUGAAAAAAAACCUCCUCAGAUUAAAAUAAAACUCUGACAUUCCAGGGUUUUUAUCUUCCAGGUUGAGGGAGAUGCUGAUAAACAGCGGGAGUCAUGAUGAGGUCAGGAUUGUUUCAGUAGCAGCUUGAAUCAAUGAGAAAUCAGUAAAAAUCCUUUUUUAUUUUGUAGCUCUUACAUAAACCCUAAAAUUGCUCAACACGUCAGCACUGUUAUGAUACAACAGAUUUGAAUCGUUUACUCAAAAUAACACUUUGUAAACUUUCUAAAAGUGAUUUUGUAUCUUUUCCUUGCAGGUGAAGCCAAGGUAGAUUUUUUUUAUAUUUCCAGGCGACGUUCAGAUUAGCAUGAAGAGCAGAUGACGUCAUUCGACAUGUUAGUGGAUUAGGUUUUAAUUUGUCUUUCACGCUCCUGGGCCGA